ACGAACUUGUCUUAUUUUCAAAUUGACAGGAAACAGCUACUAUUGAAUGGAUUGUUUUAACAUGAAAAGUCGAGAAUCAACUCGAACAAAAGACACAAGUGAUGAAACAGAAAUUUUUCAAACCUGGACCUUGAUUCUGAACGCUCACGAGCGAAACUAACUUGUAAUGUGCGAUGACUUAAAACACUGCUACACAGAACAUCGGUAAUAUACACUAAACAAACCAUGAAUUCGACGGUGGCAUUGGUUAAAGCAUCUCUUAUUAUCGUCAUUGCUUCGAGUAUGCUACGAAGAGUAAGUUGCCUCAAAUGCUAUCAAUGCAAAGGUCCAGAUAAUGGUCGAUCGUACCCACAGGAAAUAUGCGAAAGAGAACUAACUGUUAUCACUUGCCCAAGCUUAAAUCAUUCACUUUGCGGCAGAUAUCACCAAAGGAUCAAAUCGGGGGCCACGGUAAUCGAAGUGGAGGCACGAUCAUGUGUAGCGGAUUGUAAAGCCGAUAUGGAAGAUUCCUGUCGAGCCAUAAUCCUUGCGGGCGGCAACUGCACUUAUUCAUGCUGUGAUGAAGACUUGUGUAACAGUGGCAAAAGCGCAGCCGUUGAAGAAUCGCGAGGGUUUUCAUUCGUGAAAGCAAUGGUUGCUGCCAUAUUAUGCUUAUUUACGUUGAAAGAAAAGGGCUGACAUUUUUUGAGCGUUCGAAAAUAUAACUGCAAUGUCUAAUUUUAAGUAAAACGUGUAAGUUCUCUAAAAUGUAUUUCUUUGUACAACUGACAAAGAACAUGAUCUCAAAAGCAGUUCAACAGGAAUUUACAGCAUAAUGCUUGAAUGACAUACGCAGGAUCGCCAACAGACAACUAAGUAAAUGCCCAUUGCACCAGAGGCGCUUGAUUAACCAUGUAAAUCAUGGUCACGAAAUAUUUCAUAGUUUUCAGGAAAAGGAAACGUUGUAUAAUGCAAAAUCAGCAGAUUGGCCAGAAAGUUGGGGGUUUUAAGCAUGCAAAAUAGUUUUCUGGAAAAUAUUUUGCAUUGGAAUUUAAGAAUAGUAGUAUUCCAGUCACUGUAACUCAAUUUUAGACAAAAUUCGAGAUAAUUAGAAUUUUUUCCAUUCUA